AUGGCACAAAUUGUUUGGUUCAGUCUUCUGCUUUGCAUCUUUUGUGUUUCGGCUCAGAGUGAUGAUUCAUCGGGCCAAAAUUCACGAGAUCAACAGAAUGAAUCAGGUAAUCAGGAAUUGGAAGAGGAUGAUAUUCCAGAUGACUUCGAAUGGUUAUUAUUUGGUUAUAAAAAGCCAAUGCAAUCAUCUACUGUGAAAGCCCCUUCUAUAAAAGAUCAGAAGAAGUAUGAAUGCGGUUUUCCGGGCUGUGAUGCAAGCACUUGGGACCGAAAGAAAUAUUUGAGACACAUCAGCAAGCACAAUCAACCAGGCCUUUAUCGAUGUAACUGGCCUAGAUGUAAAAGUGAAUAUCGAUGUUUAUCAGCACUUCGUCAGCAUUAUCAAAAACAUCAAUCUAAAUUUGCAUGCAAAAAAUGCGGUGCUUCAUUCUUUUACAGGUCUUUGCUAAAACGUCAUACCGAUCAUUGCAGCAAAGGAUGCAAUACUACCAGCAACAUCAACCUGAAAAGUUUAAGUGCAACUACUUCGAUGCAGUUUAAGAACUUACUAAAACGUCACAUGGAUAAUCACAAAACACGCCGUCGAAUGGAAAAUUUGCAGUUCGGACAUGCUUUAGUAAACACACAAGAAGAAGAUGUAUCUAGUCAAAGCUAUAAUAUUCUCGACGAUUUCAAUUUGGCAUUGUUCGAUUCAGGCUCAACGGAAGAACACUUGCAGUUAAAACAUAGUUCGUCAAACACCGAAAAAGAAAAUGCUCCUAACCAAAGCUAUUAUAUUCUCGACGAUUUCAAUUUGGCACUAUUUGAUUCAGGCUCAACGGAAGAAGACUUACAGUUAAAACAUAGUUCGUCAAACACCGAAAAAGAAAAUGCUCCUAGCCAAAGCUAUUAUAUUCUCGACGAUUUCAAUUUGGCACUAUUUGAUUCAGGUAAAUGUUUUAUAAAAUUGUUAUUUCUCUUGUCAUAG